AAAAACCUAAAAGAAAAGAGAAAGGAAAAUGGGGGGUUGUUACUCGAGAAUCGAGAGACAGGAGAUAGUGUCGCAUUGCAAGGCGAGGAAGAGGUACCUGAAGCAGCUGGUCGGAGCAAGACAAGCUCUCUCUGCCUCCCACGCGCUCUAUCUCCGAUCUCUACGCGCAACCGGCUCCGCCCUUCUCGAGUUCUCCGCCAAAGAGACCCCUCUCCACCUCCACCUCCACCUCCACCUCCACCCUCAGCCGCCGCCGCCUCCUCCUCCGCCGCCUCGUCGGCCUCCCCUGAGUCCUGGCUCCGACACCACUUGGACCUCCACCACCACCUCCUCCGCACUUCCUCCUCCUCCGCCCCCACCUCCUCCUCCUCCGCCGUCCUCCACGUGGGAUUUCUGGGACCCCUUUGUGCCGCCGCCCCCGUCUUCCUCCGAGGAGGAGUGGGAGGAUGAGACUGCCACUGCCACCGCCACCGCCACCGACGCAGCCGUCAGUACGGAACCAGCGACCGCCACGCCUCCGCCAUCGUCGGUGGUGAGUGGGUUCUCCAAGGACACCAUCACGAACGGGACCGCCUCCGGAAGCGAGUUGGCUAUGGUGGUCUCGAGAAAUACAAAGGAUCUGAUGGAGAUCAUCAAGGAAGUGGACGUAUAUUUCCUGAAAGCUGCAGAUUCUGGUGCGCAGCUCUCUCGCCUCCUUGAAAUUUCAAGUUCUAUCAACACCACCUCAUCAUUUUCUGCUCAUAACAAAGGAGGGAAACUGUACAGUAACUACGAGUGCAACAUGAAUCCGACAUUGUUUUGGAGAAGAGGGUUUAGUCCAAAGUAUAACGAAUACAGAAACGGAGGGGGAGAGGUGGCUGGGUGUGGAGGGAGCCAUUCCUCUACUGUGGAGAGACUCUAUGCUUGGGAGAAGAAGCUGUAUCAAGAGGUCAAGAACAGAGAGAGAAUUAAGAUGGAGCAUGAGAAGAAGGUGGAGAAUGCCAGGAAGCUGGAGAUGAAGAGAGCUGAGUAUGUGAAGACAGAGAAGGCAAAGAAAGAUGUGGAGAGGUUAGAGUCCCGUCUCGCCGUUUCUUCUCAGGCCAUCGAGAGCGCCUCUGCCGAGAUCAUCAAUCUCCGAGAAUCCCAGUUGUUCCCUCAGCUCGUCGAGCUCGUUAAAGGGUUAAUGAGCAUGUGGAGGAGCAUGUACGAGAGCCACCAGGUUCAGACCCAUAUAGUUCAACAGCUAAAGUACCUUAACACCGUCCCCUCCACCGAACCCACGUCAGAGCUUCAUCGGCAAUCGACCCUUCACCUCGAGGCCGAAAUCCAACAAUGGCACCAGUCCUUCUGCAACUUGGUCAAGUGUCAGCGUGACUAUGUCCAAUCUCUGACGGGCUGGCUCAGGCUAAGCCUAUUUCAGUUCAGCAAGAGCUCACUUGUGGCCAUGGGAAGCAGCAGCUACGAGUCAAAGCUUUACAGCUUUUGCGAAGAAUGGCAGCUGGCUAUGGACCGAAUCCCGGAUAAAGUAGCAUCCGAAGGGAUUAAGAGCUUUCUGAUGACAGUCCACGGGAUCUUGGUCCAACAAGCCGAAGAACACAAGCAGAAGAAGAGAUCAGAAUCGGUGUUGAAAGAGUUUGAGAAAAAGGCGGCUGAACUGAGGGCAAUCGAGAGCAAGUACGACCAUGAGAGUGGAGGUAGGAAGAAAACGGUGGUGGGGGAAAAGAGAGGAAAGGUGGAGAGGUUGAGAGGAAAGGCAGAAGAAGAGAAGAAUAAGCACGAGAAGGCGGUGAAGGUGAGUCGGGCCAUGACAGUGAAUAACUUGCAGAUGGGGUUUCCUCACGUCUUUCAGGCGAUGGUCGGGUUUUCAAGUGUUUGUAUGCAAUCAUUCGAGACUGUUUACAGCCGCCGCACGAGGAGCUUUGGUGGUGAUGAUGAAGAAGAAGACGUGAAGAGGUUGCAUGCUUAAAAUGUACGCACGUGUCAUGUCAGCAUGACUCAAUGUCGGGUUCUAACUAAUUAUGGCAUCCUUGCUUUGGUUUUGAA